CCCUUUGGUUGCUGUUCUCCCCACCCCCACCGGUACCUGGCGGCGGGUGCCAAAACGGCCCCCCUUAACGCCAGCCUCGCCGGGGACGCAUCCAAGCCGAGCGAUGACACUCAGCCUCCGGACCGCCGCCUCCUCUCAUCCAGCGCUGCGCAGAGGAAGAAGAAGAAGAGGAGGAGGAGGAGGAGGAGGAUGCCAUGACAUUCCCCGCUGGCCCUCACUGCUGGCACCUGGCUGUGAGUGAACAGGGGGGACAGAGGGGAUAACCGACGGCGGAGGAUGACGCCACGGUUCCGGCUGUAGAGGGGAGGGGGGGGGCUCCGGGCGCCUUUAAUGACCGGUGCUGGAGAGGAAAUCACAGGUCUUUAUCGUGUAUUGUGGAGCUGGAGCGACCGCAGUUCUAACAAAAAGAAGAAGAGGAGAAAAAAGAAUCGAGUCUGUCUAACAGGUUGCAGAGAUUUUCUAAAGGAGGGGUUUUGCAGCAGGAUGCUAUCCCCCAGGCGGUGACUUCUACAGCCUCUUUCUCCUCCUGCAGGAGCUGCAGUGAGAGGUUGUUUUGACAGUGACACUCCACGGGCCUGUCAUGGUUUUCUCCCUUCUUCUCACAUUCUUCCAUCUCUGCAUCUCCUGCUGUCUUUUAAUGCAUUAUAGAAACCUUUUUGGACGUAAGUAUGUUGACUAUUCUCCAGCAAAUUUCAUGUCGUCUGAAAUCCAGCUCUCUUCUCUGCGUUUAAAUUUCCAUUGCUGCCUGUUCUCCAUUGUUUCUUUUGUCUCCCUCGCUCUCUAUUGUCUCCUCUGAAGGGUUUGAUGGAGAGCUGGUCGGAUGUCAGCGGGAACUAUUGUUAUAACCGGAGGAAUUCUCGCCGGAGUGAUACUGCUGUGCAUUGUAGCAGUUCUCUGUUACUGUAGACUCCAGUAUUACUGCUGUAAGAAAAAUGACUCUGAGGCGGACGUGGGCUCCGUGGCGGCACCAGACCCUCUCUCCCACUUCCCCUGCAACGCCUGCAACGCCCUGGCCAUGGACGGCGCCGCCAUCACCCCCGUCUCUCUGGAUCAGCUGGACUCGGGUUCCCACCACAACCACUGCCCCAGCUGUUCCCCGUACCCCGUCCGCUCCGGACUCACCGACGACAUGCGUAACGGAGGCGAGCGGCUGGGCUUCCACACCUACUACGAGAACCCGUCCGUCUCCCUUCCCCUGUCCGUCACCCCGCAGGGCUCCUCACCUCUAAGUUACUACAACCCCUCGGACAUGUUUCCACCCCCGCCUCGCCCCUACAGCACCCAGGUCUGACCUCUGCUGCACAGUGAACACACCCAUGUAGACGCCAUCCAGCACAUUCCCCUUUGGCUCGGGACUAAAUUCAGGUAUUAGGAUACAGCACAAGUACACAUACGCUCACAUUACUGCACAUCGCAGAUUUACCCAGACUUAUUCAUCCAGGGAAGUGACCCAUAAACUGAGCCCACUGAUGGAGCCCCUGUGUGGGCAACACAUCCAUGCAGCGGCCCUCUGGGAGCUGCAGCAUGAACAGUAUUGGAUCAGCAGGGAAAUGCUGCACAGCUCAAGUACAACCUCAAUUUCUGUCUAACAGGGCCACGUCACAGGGGUGCUAAUGUGUUUUUUUUGUCGUUGUUUUUUGUAACUGGAUCAUAUUUGUGAUCCGGUAUGAGUUUAGCUGGAUAAAUGCAGUCAGUCAAGCCACAUCUGAAAAUAGUCAGGGAAAAAUGUGGCCCGGCAUUCAGUAUAGUGACCAACUGAAAAACUGCUCCUGUGUAGGUGGUGUGAAUUCUCAUAGUUCAUGCUAUUGAUGAUUUCCUAAUUAAAUUCAUCGUAUAUAAAAUGCCUAUUUUUUCCCCAUUUUUAUUCCAGCAUUAUUCAGUUUUACAAAUAAUUACAAUAUUCUAGAUAUUAAUAGUCAUUUCCUAAAUAUUUCCUGAUGAUUUUGUGCAUGUUAUGUAAUUUAGAAGAAAAAAAAACACUGGAAUUUCCUGAAUCAGUUACUCAUAAGUGUAAUGCAGAACAGUUUCUGUUUCCCUAAAGCACCAAAUUACAAGAAAUUUAAGGGAAAUUGGUAGAAAAUGAUCUGUGAAUGCCAUUCCUGUCAUAAUCACACCUCCUAAACAUUCAUGGAUGAACUUUAAUACAGUGAAAUGUUACAACACAACAAUUCAACAUGACUUGGAAAACCUCAGCUAUACUGAAAUAGACAAGCGAGGCACAAAAAAAACUCCUGAAAAUGCCUGUUUGAAAUAAAAACUGCAUUUUCCCUGGGAACAAAACAAUGUCUCGAUCACUGAUUAGUUAUUAGUAUAAAUCCGAAAGCACAACUGGACACUUGAAUGCAUUUUUCAGUCCCCUGAAGUAAGCUUAUGAGUAGCCACGGAAAUCCCUUCUUCUUAGCUGUAAGGCCAGGGAAAUUUUUGUUAUCAAUUAAAGUUUUCUACUCAGAAAAUCGAAAUAUUAGAAUAUCAGCUCAGAAUGAGACACAUGGGGUUUAGAAGUCACCUGGUCUUCACAGUUUGUGCACAUCUGGUGUUAAAAUCCAAGAAUCCUACAAGGGACCACCACCCAAAUCACUGCGUCUUUAGCUUCUGUUACUCUUUCCCUUCCCUGCCAUUUUCUGGUGAAAGGAUCAAAUGUGAUUCUUCCACCUCUGUCCCCUUCAGCUUACAGUACAUGAGGGCUAACAGGUUUCCUUUAGGAGUGCUUGUUUUCCAACUGUAGAAACUACAAACUGAGCUCCGUCCAGAGGAAUUCCACAAAGAACUGCAAGUUUUUAAGCCAUUUUGUGUAUCUUGUAGUUACAUUAAGGAGUCUAGUUUGCUUGUGUUCUCACCUCUGGUUAACAAAACUACACCACUACUUGGAGGUUUUCUCUGCCGUGUCUUCCAUAUACGUUCAUGUAUUUAACUUUUCAUAUUUACAGAGUGAUAAAAGCAGAUUUUAGAGAGACGGAAACAAAAUAUUCCGAUCAUGUACCAUAUUUUCCUGAUCUGAAGCUUCAGUUUUGUAUCAAUAAGCCAUCCUAUCUGCUACAGUAGAGUAAUAAGAUGCAGUGUCAUUACACAAUAUAAGCCUGAAUCUAUAUAUAUUUUUAAGGAGUGUUGUAGCUUUUGUGAGUGGGUGUGAGGGUUUAAGUGUAUUUUAGUGGGUUUUUCUUUCUUCCAUCUUAGUUUCUUUGCUGUGUGAUGAUGCAACACAGGAACACACUGAGAAGAGGCUGGGAAUGUACACGUGGAAGUGGAAAUGGAAAUUUCACUUUAAAAAGACCCGUGAAUUAUGUGAAAAAUGUGGAAAAUUGUAAAAAUACAAUGAUAGUGACUAUUACAGAGCAAAGACUUUUAUUUAGAAGACAUAUAGAGGAUAUUUAUUCACUAUAUUAUCAGAUCACAUUGCUUUGACUUCAUCACAUUUCCCGACUUUCUUUACCUCACAGCCUCUUGUUGUUCUUAAAUCUUAAAAGUGUAAAACUGCUUUUUUUUUCUUUUGGUUUAUUUGAUGUUUCGUUGGUGUUCACUGCUACACAUAUCAUCCCCUUAGUCUGGUGAAGGAAGCUAAGUUUUUGUGCUCACUGGUUUGUUGCACCACAAGAAGCACCACUGCUGUAUCAGAACUGAACCGUUUUUAUUAUUUUAGGUUCCUGAUUGUUAAAAAAAAUGGUACUUUUCAGGUAUUUUACUGUAUUGAUAGUUUUGGUAUACCCUGAUACAGUGAGAAAAAUCCACCAUGUUUCACAAAAUGUUCCUUUUUUGAGGAGGAAUAAAUGUUUGUAUAUCUGCCUGUA